AGGGGAAAGGGACACCCUGCUCUGUUAAAGGGAAAAACAGAAAUAAACUUAGAUUAAAUACAUAUAUAGUAGACUGUAAAACGUGCCAUCGAAGUCAACAGUGUGAUGUUGCGGAUUACGACGUUUUAGAGGACAUUGUGGAUGAGAAUUGCGAGUGUUUCUGAUGGAUUAAAACGGGGGAAUAAACCUAUUCCGGGAUUGACAGCAGCAACAAGGCUAUUUAAUCGCUAAUUAAGAGGCAUGGCUCAGAUGAGAAAGCUGGCCUGUGAUGGCAUCAGGACCAACUCUCGGGGGGGCGACUCCCAGGCCCCGCAGGUGUCAGCCCGACAGGAGAUCCUCACCAGCCUGGUGUCCGCCCUCGACUCGGUGUGCAUGGCGAUGUCCAAGCUCAACGCCGAGGUGGCGUGUGUCACCGUACACGAAGACAGCGUGAUCGCAGUCGGCACAGAAAAGGGCAGAGUGUUCCUCAACUCCAGGAGGGAAAUCCAAACAGACUUCUACAAGUUCUGCCGGGGGCCCUGUCUGCAGAAUGUGUCCUCAGCUAAUGCCCAUACCAAAGAGCAGGAAGGAGAUCUGAGCAAACUGAGUAACGACGGUGAGCACGGCAAACCCAGAGCUCCGUCAGAAGCUCAGUCCAACAUCUUUGUUCUGAGGAAGAUGGUGGAGGAAGUUUUCACUGUGCUCUACAGUGAAGCUGUGGGUAAGAGCAGCCUGGUGCCUGUGCCUUAUGAGCGGAUCCAGAAGGACCCCAGCUGUGUGGUGGCCCACGGUCUGCCUGAGGGGGCCUCGCUGAAGAAGCCCUCUGAGUACGACACCAAGACCCUGAUGAAGAUCCUGGAGCAGAGCCACCGCAUCCAGUUCACAGUGAAGAGGCCAGCAGAAGAUUUGUCUCGAGAAGCCAAGCCCAGCACCGACGUUAAUCACAACUGCACGGCCCCCCUGACCCCGGGGAGCCACGGCACGGGGAAGACGUCCGCACAGGGGGUCACCCCACCGAGUCCCGCCUCUUCCAGCAACUCUGUGCUGUCCAACUUCCUGUACGGCAUGCCCAUGUCCUCCAAACCUCACCCCGAUGGGAAGCUGGACUUCAAACCCAUGUCCCUCAACCUGGGGAAGGACAGGCUGGCCAACUGGACAGCAGGGACCGACAAGAUGGGGUCUGUCAAAGACUGUGCAAACAACGACGAGACAACAAGGCUACCUGGUGAGCAGGGGCAGACUCCUCCUGGCAUCCACAUCUCCAAGAGGCUGCUCUUCUCCAUAGUGCAUGAAAAAUCAGAAAAAUGGGAUUCUUUCAUCCGGGAAACUGAAGACAUCAACACGUUGAGAGAGUGUGUUCAGAUCUUGUUCAACAGCAGAUACGCUGAGGCCCUGGGUCUAGAUCACAUGGUGCCUGUCCCCUACCGUAAAAUAGCGUGCGACCCCGGGGCCGUGGAGAUCAUCGGCAUCCCCGACCAGAUCCCCUUCAAGAGGCCCUGCACCUACGGAGUCCCCAAACUCAAACGCAUCCUGGACGAGCGCCACGGCAUCCGCUUCAUUGUCAAACGAAUGUUCGAUGAGAGGAUUUUCACCGCUGCUGGCAAGAUAGCGAGAGAGGAGGGGAAGCACGACCCCGGCUCGCUGCCAGAAGACGGCUUCCUGGACAAUCUGAGCAUCGCGCCCACCAGCGAGGGGGGGGGCCGAGACCUUCACUGCAGCAGAUCAGCGAGUGCAUGCGUGAGUCCCUUGGCUGAGUGUGAAGCAGGUCCGUCGGCAGAUUGCAUUCCUCUGAAAAGGAUUAAAACAGAGCCUCCAGACGGGGAAAUCAUUCAGGUCACAGUGCCAGAUGCUGGUACAGGUGUAGAGGAGGCCAGCGAGUCUGCGUCUGAGCCAGUGGCAGCAGCUGCUGCGUGCCCCCCCACAGCCUCCCCCUCUGCUCCCCCUGCUCCCCCAACUCCCUCGGUCCCCCUUCAUCAAAUGGAAAAUCAUGCAGCUGAAGCUCUGUCUCCCACCGCGGCCUCCCAGAGCAUCCGAAGAUCCUCUGAAGCAGGCAGCCUGGUGGAGGACAUUGGUGAAAUGAUUCUGCAGCUCCGGAGACAAGUGGAGAGUCUGUUCAGCGUGAAGUACGCUGAUGCUCUGGGCCUGCCUGAGCCCGCCAAGGUUCCUUACUCCAAGUUCCAGAUGUACCCGGAGGAUCUGUACGUCACCGGGAUGCCAGAAGGAAUCUCCCUCCGGAGGCCCAACUGCUUCGGCGCGGCCAAACUGAGAAAGAUCUUAGCUGUCAGCAGCCAGAUCCAGUUUGUGAUCAACAGGCCGGAGCUGCUAACUGAGCAAGUAAAACAAGAGAUGCCUUUAAUGCCCAUCUGUGAUCCAGAGCUGGACGACACGGAUGCGUCUCCAGAGGACACUGCAGCGCUGUCCAAGAGGCCGGGCUUCUCAGAAUGCCUGGAGUCCAAGCUGUCUCGCAUCGACCUGGCCAACACGCUGCGGGAGCAGGUCCAGGAUCUGUUCAACAGGAAGUACGGGGAGGCGUUGGGCAUCAAGUACCCGGUCCAAGUGCCUUACAAGAGGAUCAAGAACAACCCGGACUCUGUCAUCAUCGAGGGCCUCCCCCCCGGCAUCCCCUUCAGGAAGCCCUGCACCUUCGGCUCCCAGAACCUGGAGCGGAUCCUGGCCGUCGCCGACAAAAUCAACUUCACCAUCACCAGACCUUUUCAAGGACUCAUUCCAAAACCAGCACCUCGACGAGUCACUUUACUGAAGAAGGCGUACGCGGCGAUAAGUGACGAUGACGACAUUAACCGCAUGGGAGAGAAGGUAGUUCUUCGAGAGCAAGUCAAGGAGCUGUUCAACAAGAAAUACGGCGAGGCUCUGGGACUGGACCGCUCCGUGGUGGUCCCGUACAAACUGAUCCGCGGCAGUCCGGAGUCGGUAGAAAUCAGUGGCCUUCCAGACGACAUCCCCUUCAGAAACCCCAACACCUACGACAUCGUGUGCCUGGAGAAAGUCCUUCAAGCUGCGGAUAAAAUAACGUUCAACAUCGUGAGCCAGCUCCAACCCUUUGCAGAAAUCUGCAGCCAGCCGUGUAACACAGCAGGAACAGACGCCUCGACCAAUCGACGGAAGCGUAAGAGAGUCCAGGAGAGCAGCCGAGGUCCCGCCUCCUCUGAACACGGGAUAUCCACCAAUCAGAUUCCAGUAAUGCAGUGGCCAAUGUACAUGGUGGACUACAGCGGCGUGAAUGUGCAGGUUCCUGGGAAAGUGAAUUACUGAAGGCCACCAUGAGAUGAGGAGGAGGAGGAGGAGUGUGUCAAAGUGAAACUCUUCCACACGCCGCCACGCUAAAACUUUGUCUGAGCGCGCUGAGACUUGAUGUCUGCAGACUUAAUAACGCUCUGACUCUGUGGACGAGGAGCAGCAGAAUGUACGGACAGCAGUCACUUUCAGUUUCCGGUCAUGUUGUUUUUUUUACGAGACAAAGUCAUGUGAUCCGCUCUUGCUUUCACCAAGUGUCCAUCCACUGUCGGGUUGUAUUUCUGACGGAGAACAUGUCUUUGAUAACGAUCUGGUUCCAUAAUAUUCAGAUAUUUGUACUUUUUAUUUAUUAUAUUUAUUGAGAUAUAACAUUAUGUGCAGGGAUGUAAAAUACAUUAUUCAGCUCCUUGAGGAACUGUCCCAACACUAACAGAAGCUACUCACUCAGCAGCGACAGGAAGUCAAGCGAACAGCGAUGAAGUGUCUUAAUUGGAGGAAAGGAAAGGACUCUCAGUUUGUCUGACAGGUAGAACCUCAGCUGUCCAGCGGCAGGAAGUACCUGCAGGAAACAGACCUUCAGUCGGAGCCUUGUCACGUGAGCGCCACUUGUGUAAAAGAUAAAGUCAGCCUGAAUGUAUCAUGUAAAGGAAGGAAUGGUAUGUUACUCUGGACUAACUAAUAUUUAAUAUGCUGUACCUUAACGCCAAUUAGGCCUUUGAAAUAAAAUGUGUUGCCUUGCACUUUCA